UUUUAGAGUUGGGUAUUUGGCAGAGUGUACGACAAAUAAAAAUUAUCUAAUAAUUUGUUUGGAUAUGGACGCUAGCAGUUUAGUUGCGGGAUCACAUUAUUUAGAAGACCUGGAAGAACCAACUGCAAGUCAACCAAUAUUGAUUUCGGCUGGUUAUGAUCAGUGUAUUAAAUUUUGGGAUGUUGCAAGAGGUGAGGCACGAGAAAAUUUCGUUCACAAAGAUUCUCAAAUUAAUGCAAUGAAUAUUUCUCGAAAUGGAUCAUAUCUGGCUAUUGCUGGCUGGCAACAUAUGCGUGUCUAUCAUUUGGGGGUAUCCCCUCCAACACUGGUAACUUCAUGUGACGCAAUGAACAAAAAUGUGACAGUGAUUGGUUUCGAUAAGCAUUGCAGAUGGUUUUACACUGCUGGUGAAGAUGGUUUUGUAAAAAUCUGGGAAUUCCGUACUUCUUUACAUUGCCGAAGAAGUUUUCAAGUUAAAUCUGCAGUGAACUGUGUUGUUGCCCAUCCAAAUUAUAUGAUUCUAAUUACAUCAGACAUUUCCGGAGCAUUGUAUUUCUGGGAUUUACGACGUGACGUCAGCGAUGUAUUUCCAAAUUUAGAUCUCGAUAUAUUUGAACAUGUCACAUGCGUUGAUAUCAAUAGAACUGGUGACACACUUGUAGGGGUAACAAAUAAAGGAAAAAUUAUAGUGUGGUCAGUAUCAGCAUUACCUGAAUCCGGUGCUGCAUCCACCACUGGUCUUACACUGCAACAGAAAUCAAAAGUUGUUGCUCAUUCAAAAUAUGCUUUGAAAUGUCAUUAUUCACCUGAUUGUAAGUAUUUUGCAUCAACGGGCGCUGAUGGUUAUGUGCACCUAUGGGAUGCUACACAUGUUACGAAACCCAGAAAGUCUCUUUUUGUUGCGUCUGAUUUAACAAAGGCAGUUCAUCUAGAAAAAAUGGAAUCACGGUGGGUUUGGGAUUGUGCGUUUACAUCCGAUUCGAAAUAUCUUUUCACUGCAUCUGGUUGUCAAUUGAGAUUGUGGAAUCUUGAGACUGAAGAGAUGGUGCGCCAAUUUCAAGGCCACAGCAAAACGAUAGCCUGUUUUGCAUUCCGAGAAGGUCGACAUGUUUUUUAAGAAGAUAUCAAUAGUACUAGUAGUAUUUUUGUCUCAAUUUCACAUGGAAUAAAAAGCAAAUCAUUCAUAGCUCAGUAAGGCUGAGCUAAUUGUUUUUUAAUUGUUGUUCUUUAGUUAAUUCACGCUAAAUUCAACUGACUCAUUUAUCUUUUGUUAGUUUCAAACUCAAUUUCCCUACAAGACAAGAAUUUAUUAUUAAUAAUUGUUUUUACAACUAAAAUUUCGAGUAAUUUGCUGCUGAAGAAGUCUCAUAUGAUAUCGUCCGUUGCGAGUUAAAUAUGCUUUCCCAACACAUAAAUUUCAAAGCCGUAAACGCAUUCUUUUUUCUGUUAUCAGAUAUUGUCACUAUUUGAAAGGUUUAUACUGAACGUCAUAUUCACGCGCAUUGAAGCAUGUCCUUUGAAUUAUAAUUGUACCUUUCAAUUCAGGACCUCUGCUACCUGUACGAUAAUCACCAGAUCACUGUAAAUUCAAAGAAAAAGUUCUAUUUUCUAGAUCCCUCCAAUCCUCCAAGUACUCAUUUGCGAGCUAUUUCUGGAGACCAUUUGUGAUAUACAAAAAAGUUGUUUUGUUGUACUUGACCUAUCGUAUGUGUUGUAUUGCAUAUAAUUAAGUAGAUGUUGCAUCGUUUUCAAUCCUUUCUCAGUAUAAUCACUGGAUGAACAAAACUAUUAAAAC